AUGACUGAUCUCAUUAAGUUGACUGGAAGCGAGUUAAGUCGCAUUAGAAACUCCUGGAUUGAAAUCCAAAGCAACAAUAGGUACCAUAAGGAUGACUUUAUCACAAGGUUAUAUUCCAAUUUGAUGGCAGCAAACCCACAAGUCAAAGAUUUUUUACAAGAAGAAAAUGUCAUUGAAGAGUCUUCUUUGUUCGGGGACUUGUUAAGUUACUCAGUAAUUUAUUUGCACGAUCCAAAAUCAUUGAAUGAAUUUUUAUCUCAGUUUUUUCAGAGCCACCUUCAAUUUGUAAGCAACGCAGUUCGCUAUCUUGAGCCGAUGGGAAAUGCUUUGGUACAAACGUUCAAGCAAUGGCUUGGUAAUGCUAAAUUUAACCUCGAAUUGGAAAACUCCUGGAUAAAACUUUAUCUUUUUAUCGCUAAUACGAUGUUGAAAUAUGACACGGAUGAUGAAUCAAGUGACGCUAAUUCUACAUUCAGUAAGGUUGAAUCUCACGAAGCUCAGGAAGGGCCCCUUGACGAAAUUAAGCCAUUGAACAUUGGAAUACCAAAGGUAAACCAAGAGGUCCAAGAGGUGCCAGAAGUUGAACAAUCUGUGGUUGUUCAUGAGCCUAAAUGCGGGCAGUUAAGCUCAAUAGAAAAUUCAAAUGUCAUUCAGUUUCAAUUGUCACAGAACGAGAAAUAUCGUGGCUUUAGAAGAAGUGUACAAUUCGAUGUCCCAAAUCCAGAACCAAUUUCUGUAAAGGUUCCUAAAUCGACUGGUUUCCAGAAAGUUCAUAGCCCUAUUGGCGCAGAUGCGUUAGAAAAUCUGCCAUCCGUAAUAAGCAAAGAUGCUAAGUUCGAUCCCAGAAAGCUGAGAAGAAGCAUUUCUCCUCCUAGUGACGAUGAUCAAGUAAUUCCAGAGAGGCUGAGAAGCAGAACACCUUCUGUGCCUGUGAAUGAUGUUGAACCAGUACUUACACCCCGUUCACACAAGAGAAAUUCUAGCCUUUCUCAAAUAUCAUUGCAUGAUGAGGGUGAAUCUCAUAUCAACUCCCCAAUUGGUGUUAGGAAAAAGAAGUUUGAUAAGCCAUCCAGGUUGAUUAUCGAUACUUCAGAUGACGAAUUUGAUGAUGACAAGGAAAAAGGUUUCGGUUUCGAUCCCCGCAGAAAGUCAAUGAAAAAAUAUUCAUUCCCAGGAGUGUUCACAGAGGAUUCUGAUCUUGAAGAGAAUAAUCUACAAAAUCUUGAGAAAAACGAUUUCAAGAACGCAGAUAAUGAAGAAAUAUCAUUCUCUUCAAAUGCACGGUCAGAAUACUUGGAAAAUGAAUUUAAGAAUAGUGACAAUGAUUUGGCCUCAACAAAAAGACAAAGUAGAGCACCCGUGUUUGAAGCGACAAGCUUUGGUUUGAAGGGAUUAGAUCCCAUUGCCGAAACUGAGGAUGAUUCAGCUUCAUCCAGAUAUGAAAGUGAUGAAGACAAUAGUCUUACAGAGACAGAAGAGAAGUCCUCUAGUGAUGCAGAUGAAAUGAGUUCUGGCGUCUCCACCUUGUCAUUGCAUAAUAGUGAUUAUAGAUCCUCCAUUAGCUCAGGCAAUGAGGUAUCUUCAGCACUGUCUCCAACGCUUGGUGGUAAAUUACCAGUUCAUCGUGCUAAACAACUUUCUCAAUCUAGUGAAAUAAGCUACAUGAGACCUUUGGGUGAAGCACCUAUGUCAAGACUUUCUUCAUCUAGGUCAUACACUUCUUUGUUAUCGACGAAUUCUCAAAUGGGUCAAAGAGCAUCCUUAGGCUUCAUGAGAAGCAGUUUUGUGUUGAAAAAAGAAAUGGAAAGUUACGGCUAUAAUCUCCCAGAAAAUGUGCUUGCCAAACCUCCCACUAUACCUGCAGCUGUAGCAGAGACCUCGAAGUGUCCUUCUAAGGAAAGCAUUACUUCAUUGGCUUACAACUCUAGCGACGAUGGAUGUUUCGAUUUACUCAAUUCGUUCAAUUCAUACACGCCUACAAAUGGGAGAAAAAAUAUCGACCAAAUGCCAAAGAGUAGGAAGUCGUUUCUUUUCAGAACAACCACUAGUUCAUCAAAGAAGGGUUACCCACCAUCUGUCGCAGAACUGUCGACAAGCGUCAGGGAACCAAUAAAGAGAAGAUUCAGUUUCUCUUCCUUGUUCUCGUCAUCCUCUUCCUCAUCUUCCUCAAAAGCCGCUACAAGGACAUCUCAUUCACUGAAAAAGCCAUCGAGAUCGUCUUUGGCUUCACAAUCAGUAAGUGAUGUGACAUCCGUCGCAUCAGUACUGAGUGGAAGGUCCUUAAUCUCAGGAUUCUCCUUCUUGUCUAGAAGGAAGUCUCUGGUUGAUAGCAGGUCACAACGGGACGCAAAGAAGGGAAAGUACGCAAUAAAAUCAUCAGCACACAAGGUGCUUUUCACUAAGGUUGCUUGA